AUGACUUUCUUCAUUUUAAAUCAAACUAAAACUGAAGAGAAUUUUAUUUCAUCUUCAAGCGGCGAAAACUCCGAUGAUUUAAUGGGAUCGGUUACCGAAGAAAUAAUUAUUGUUAAAGCUAAAAAGAAUAAGGCUGUUUGUAACUGCGGAUAUUUAUUUACAUCAUGUUUUGCUGGCAAUGUCAGUAGUGUUCAUGACAACAGAGUUCAGAGUUUUUAUGACGUCGCCACUAAGCAAGGUUUUCCCCGACAUACAAAAAAAAUCCAGGUAUCGUUACAAAGAAAUGGGACACACUUUUGUGGCGGAACGAUACUGGACGAAACUCACAUAUUAACUGCUGCACAUUGUGUCUGUGAUGAUGAUUGGGAUGUACUUGAUGUAUUGGAAGUUAAAUUUACUUCUCUUGAAUUAGAUGAUCCAAACGCAGUGUCAAUUCAUAUUGACAGUGUAAUCUGUAACAAUUACGACAUCUUGGAGUUAAUAAGAGAUACUGCUAUACUAAAUUUAGUAGAGACAAUUCCUGCGUCAUUCUUUGAGCCCGUAAAGUUGCCAGAAAGUAACUUUUCCACUGCAUUGCCUUUGUAUGGGAUAGUGGUGGGAUGGGGAUUAACAAAAACAGCUGGAGCAACUUCCAAUAUUCUUCAAAAAGUCGACGUUGUUGUUUACAAUGACGCUUUAUGCGAAAAGAGCUACUUUGGAACUAGGAAUAUAAAACAUCAAAUAUGUUCUGGGUGGCCCCUAAAUGACAGAGGCUCAUGCCAGGGAGAUUCUGGAGGACCACUGUUGGUCGGUGGUGUUCAGAUUGGAGUGAUAUCUUUUGGUGACGAUUCCGAUUGUGCUGUCAGUGAUGCAGAUACUCCUAAAAUUUCUGCAAGAGUAAGUGCUUAUUUGGAAUGGAUAUAUAAUGUCAUCGAACCUGAUGAAGAAACCAUCACGAGUGCUGUACUGCAAAUAAGUAUUAAAAAUGAAGCAGACCAAAGUCUGGGAAUUAUAACAGAACAAAUACGAGGAACUAACAACGGGUCUAACAAAUCAAGGAAUGUCUAAUUCAUAUGUCUUAUUAUAUUUGUGCAAUACUCUGUAUUACAAUUAUUACAUAAUGUUUGGUCUUAAAUAAAGCAACUGAAAGCAAA